AUGGAAGUAGAGCUCAUGGCACAAUUCACUGAACACACGAGUCGAGAUCGAGCUCAAAACAUCAUCAAACGAAAGCGUACGAAGCGUCAAAGGCCCUGGUAUACCACUUCCGGCAAUACAACUCAUGAAGACUACUGUUCGAUUGAUAAUUCUACACCUGAUCGCUGCCAGUCAAUGGUUAUGUCAUCCGAAGAAGACGAAGAUAUGGCGAAUUGUCUAAUUAUGCUAGCUCAAAGUCAUGUUUCUCCGGCUGAAAACAAAUCCGAUCCGAUUCAUCAUAAAACAACAGAGAAGAUGAUCACAACUAUCACAGAUGUUUACGAGUGCAAAACGUGUAACCGUACGUUUCCGUCGUUUCAAGCGUUAGGCGGACACAGAGCAAGUCACAAGAAGCUAAAACUUAACGUGGAAGACAAGAAAUCUACUUCAAUGAAUAACCCUUCUCACGAAGAUAACGAUCAACAGAAAACGGUUACAGAAGACAGAGAAAACACGGUAUAUGAUAUAAUUUACAACAAUAACGACGAGAAGUUUCCCUUGCCAACGAUAGGUUACGUCCAAACUGGUAACAACAAAAUAAAAGUACAUGAAUGUUCAAUAUGCGGAUCGGAGUUUUCAUCCGGUCAAGCUCUUGGUGGACACAUGAGAAAACACCGGCCGGUUCCGGUUUCUGUUAACCGGGUAACGGAAUCUGUAACGGAAAAGUCACCGGGAGGUAGUACGAGUUGUAAGUUAUCGUUAGAUCUUAACUUUCCGCCACCGGAAGUGGUAGACGACGUCGUUCAAUCGAAGUUUCAAUUGGGUUCUUCACAACAACAUUUGGUGUUUUCUGCUCCUGCUUUGGUAGAUUGCCAUUACUGA